AGUGAGAAUUUUAUGAAAUCGUUAGAAGUCUUUUAUGUUGACGUCUCAUUCGAGGCGUUUUGAAACCGGAAACGGCUACUUUGUGGCGCUACUUCUGGUGAAGCGAAGUCCUAUAGCUUCCAGAUAUGUCUCUAAGUUCAGUGCAGUCCACUUUGUCCACUCUGAAGUCAUGUCAAGACGAUAUCGGAGCUUGUAUGGACAUGGUAUCAGAUGUUGCACUGGGAAUAGUUGAAGCACAAGGUAUGGAUAACAGUCCAGCUCUGAAAAAGCUGGAGGAAAUGAUUCUGGAGUGCUCCAGACUGGACAGAGAAAUCAGUUGUUUUGUGGAGUCUGUUGAUGAGAAGACUGCUCAGGUCAGACGUGAACCUCCCGACGCCAUGUUUCAUCUGAGAAAUGCUGUAAAGGAGCGUUUCACCGAGCUUACAGCUGGAGUUACAGAUGCAGAUCUGCAAAGACACAGCAAGGUUGUUGCCUUCAGAGACAGUGUCAGGAAAUAUGCCAUGCAAGCAGGUCAAACUGCUGCUGAGAAUGAAGAGGAGGAAUUUGAUGAGGACAUUGCUGUAACACAGAGCCAGACAAACUUCACCUGCCCUCUCACCCAGGUUGAAAUGGUCAAUCCAGUGAAAAACAAGAAAUGCGGUCAUCACUAUGACCAAGAGGCUGUACUUGAAAUGAUAAAGGCCAAGCACAAAAAUAAGAAGAAAUUUCGCUGUCCUAAGGUUGGCUGUGGAAACACAGAUGUUCAGCAGUCAGACCUCGAGCUGGAUUUGCUUAUGAAGAGAAUGAUUCAGAACCACAAGAGACAGAGCGGAAAAACCUAAUUUGACUAAAUCAGUCCUGCAGAUGUUAUAGUUGUUCCGUCUUUAAUGGAAAAAUGGUUUUGCCUGAAUGUUGAAAUGUACAACUGGAGUUUUGUUGUAAACUUUGGCUCAUGUUAUAGUUAAUAUAUAACACAUUUAAAGUUCAUGUUUGUAAUAUAAAAAUGAAGACACUGUGCUUGUCAAUGCUGACAUUUUUUUAAAUAAACCUUUGUAUAUUCGUUCUCA